AUGAUGCCCUGGUGGUACACUGCCAGCAGCACGCUGCUGUUAUCCCUCGGUGCCGCAGCCUGGGACUAUUCGACUUACAAUUCGACCGGCUUCCAGCCGCCCAAUCUCGUGGUAAACAAGACCGGUACCACCGAGCCCGGCUUUAUUUUCCUAGGUCCUCGUGGUGGUGUGCAGACCGCUGGCCAGGCUGCGCUCAUCUAUGAUGAUGAGGAAAAUCUGGUUUACGAAGGCCCCGAAGAGGUUACAGCCAACUUCAUGGUCCAAGAGCUGAACAACGAACCCGUUAUCACCUUCUGGGCUGGCGAUAUGAUGGACAUUGGCUAUGGCUACGGCAGCGUGCACAUUCUCGACAGGAGCUACAAGGAAAUCUACACUGUGACAUUGCAGGGCGCCUUCGUCACUCCAGAUAACUCGACCAAGGAUUCUUAUAUUGAUCUGCACGAGAGUCAUAUCACUCCCCGGAACACUCUUCUUGUUACCGCAUACAACCUCACGCAGCACGAUUUGACUUCCAUCAACGGCAGCUCAUCGGAUUGGAUGCUCGACAGUCACUUCUACGAGAUUGACAUUCCCACCAACAAGGUUGUCAAUUCAUGGAGUGCCUUGGAGCAGGAGGCAGAUAUCCCCUUGACCACGUCUCAUCAAAAGCUUGGUGGUGACGUCGGCACUCAGGAUUCUCCCUACGAUGCCUACCACAUUAACGCCAUCACCACCACCAACGAUGGCUAUCUCAUCUCUUUGCGCCACAUGUGGUCGGGCUAUUACAUCCACAACAAUGGAUCCGUGAUCUGGCGUGUGAGCGGUGAAGAUGGUGGUGACUUCAAACAGGUCGGCAAUGCUGGCUUCUCGUGGCAACACGACAUGCGCGUCUUCAACGAGACCGACGAAGGACUGGUUCUGAACCUUUUCAACAACGCAAACACCCCGACCAAUACUGAGUCUCCCACUACUGGUGUGAGCUUGGCUAUCGAUCUGACCAAGAAGACCGUCACUAGCCUUCGUUCUCUCAGCGACCCUAACGACUCCAUUCACUCUGUGAGUCAGGGAAGCUACCAGCUCUUGAAUGAAACCAACGGCCAUGUAUUCAUGGAUUACGGUUCCAUCUCAAAGGUCAAGGAGUAUGAUGGCGAUGGGAACUUGGUGCUGAGUGCUCAAUUCGGCGAGGAUAAUGCAGUAGCUUCAUACCGAGGCUACAGAUGCCAGUGGAGUGCCGUUCCGUUCUGGUCGCCCGUGGCAAAUGUCACUCGCACCGCCAAUGGCGCUGAUGUUUACAUGAGCUGGAAUGGUGCGACUGACUACGAUAACUGGGUCAUCUACUCUGGUGCCUCGAAUGAUUCAGUGAACAGCCAGCAGAUUGGCUCGGCCAAUCGCACUGGGUUUGAAACUAUGAUUAACCUGACAAGCCUACCAACUAGCCCCAUCCAUGUUGUCGCCCUUCAGGGCUCAACUGUCCUCGGUACAUCCGGUGACAUCUCUUUCUAA